AUGAGUGGACAUUAUGAUCAAAUUUCUGAACUUCCACAUAUUGAUUUGGAUAGGAUUGAAGAAUUGAGAAGAAUACAGAAUAAAUGUUGGUGCUGUUCUAGGGGUGAGAAAUCCUUCCAUAGUAGUUGUUUGGACCAUCAAUAUUCAAAAAAAGGAAACUGUAUGAGAGAGAAAAGAGAAUGUUUUAACUGUGGAAUGGAUGAAUUUAGAGAGGAGAAUGAAUAUAUAAAUGGGAGAAGAUACUAUAGAGACACAAAUUUAGAUUUAAAUUACGAUUUGGGGUUUGAAAGUAAUUAUAAUAGACCUUCAAUCUUACAUUCAAAUUAUUCUUUGAGAGCGAGGAAUGACACCCAGUAUUGUUCUAACAACUACAACAAUUGUAUUUAUUGCAAUUCUAGUCUUGAAAAAGUCUCUAAUAUUAGAGAACGAAAUUCCUUGUCUGGGCAAGAUAGAAGAAUACAUUCCUAUUAUAAACAAAAUUUAUCAGAGGAUUCAGAUACUAAUGCGUAUAAAGAUGUAGAAGAAGAAUAUAAUUCUGAUUAUGAAUUUACAGGAGGCAAAAACAUCUCAAGAAAUUGUGAGAAGCAGUUUUCUGAUGAGUAUUCAGAUUUGUCAGAGGAUAUGGAAGUGGUGAUAAAAAGAAACAACAGGAAUGUAAUAUCUCUAGCAUUGACUUGGAUCAGUCUAUCAGGAGAACAUAACAAAAAAAUCAGAAAGUUUGUAGCAGAUUCAAUGGAUUCUAUUGAAUUGAAAGAAGUACCCCACUUUGUAAUUUUGUUCCAAUAUGAUGACCAUAAAGGCAUUCGUGGACUUUACUCUUACUUCCAAGAAGAAAACAAUUGGGAAUGUGUAGUUGAAAUCACAUCAAAUUGUCCUAAAGUCAUUCAUAAGGAAAUGAUUCAUACAUUAUAUAAGUUUGAUACUUGCCAGAAACUAUUCAAACCUAUACACAGACUAAGAAAAAUUACGGAUAUUGUUGAUGGUUUAAGUAUUAAAAAUGAAUAUUUGUGUAAAUCCUUAUAA